GGACCAGAGAGAGCCAAGAACCAGAACCAGCACCAGGACCAGCAGAAGAAACCAGACCAGCACCAGUAUGCAGUGUGUACGUUGUCCCGCCAUUUUGGUUCUCAUGGCACUGGUUCUGUGCAGUACCGGAGUUUCCUCUCAGCCAGACAGAGACCAGCUGCAGGACCCGGACCUGGAGCUGGAGCUGGAGCUGCGCAAUCAUCGGCUGCUGCAACAACCUCGCAGCGCAGGGUUCCUGUCACAGGAGUGGAGUAAACGUGCGGUGGAGGACCUGCUCGCUCAGAUGUCUCUGCCUGAGGCCGACGUCCAGCGGGAAGCUGAGGCAACAGGCGGGAGGAUGAACCUGGAGCGGUCUGCCGACCAACCCAACAGCAUACCCCCCCGCGAACGCAAGGCCGGCUGCAAGAACUUCUACUGGAAGGGCCUCACUUCCUGUUAAAGCCCCCCCAGAUGAGGCCACGCCUUCCUAAGACCAGUGGACCGAUCCCCUAUCACCUGGCCUUCACCUGAGAGAUUGGAUGGACCAAUCAGCAGCUGUCUGGCUGCAUCAUACCUGAAUAAUUAAUGUAAUUAUCAAAUAAAGAGAGAAAUCUGUGAA